AUGAGAUUUCUCAUCAAUCGCAAAGCACCCCAAAGAGGCCCGAAAUCAAAACAAUUACUCUCCUUCUAUAUAGCACAACAAUUAGUUUCAAACGAAAAUUUGAAUAUAUUUCGGCACGAACUUUCAUCAUCAACACAACAGCCAUACUUUAUUUCCUCACAUCCGGUGAAAGGCUUAUCGGAAUCACGUGAUGAUUCUCAUCAAUUAAUGUUAUUGAUGAAGCAAAUAUUUCCGUUUUCAUUCAUUCCUGAAAAUUCCAUACAAGAAAAUACUAGAGAAUUUUCAGAAGACCAACACGAGCACGUUUACAUGAAUUUACAAGAAAAAAAUUCGUUAAAUAAUUUAAUUAAUUUAUUACGUGAUUAUAACACAUGUCGUGAUGCAAUUAUCAAUCAAAUGCUGUUUCAUAAAAUUGGAAGAAUAUUAAAAGAAGAUAAAAGUUUAAAUGGAAUCAUUAACAGUAAGGAAUUUAUUGAGAAGGAGAAGCAAAUUCAUACUUGCUUGUGGAUUUUAUUACACUGUUUGGUUCUUGUUGGAAGAGAGGCAACCGACAUUUUACUUUCAGUAUUUAGAUUGAACGAUUUUUAUCACUAUUUCACAGAAAAAGAUUUCACCAAAUUUCAAGCUCAAAAAUUAUUCUCUCCGUCAACAGGUGCUCCACAACUAAUCAACACUGCUGAAACAUUCCUCUAUUCUGUAGAUAUUAUAUGGCUAGCUUAUGCUAUUGUAGGUCAUUUGUACUGCCAAGGUUUGAACAAACGCCAAGAUCAUGCUGAUGUUAACAAAUUGAAUGCAUAUCCAAGCAAAUAUCUAGAAGUACUGAAGAUCAAUAAGGAUAUGUUUGAGCAAUUAUCAUUUGUACCAGCUAUGGAAGAGAAUUCGAAGAAUGAAAUCUCUGAUAGAUAUCAUAGAAACAUCUUGCAUACUGCAGAAUCAAUACUUUCUAUAUCUAAUCAAAUAGGAUUUGAACUUUUUGAACUCUAUUUAUCGUACACCAGUUUACUUAUGCGAUGCGAUGAUAGUUCACUUGUUCAGUUAGUUUUGAGCAUUUUUGGACAGUUAUUAGCAAAUGUGAAUGAUUUUAUUUUGGCAACGAUCGUCAAGAACAAGAGACUGAAUAUUGUAAGACACAUUGAGCAUUUACUGUGCUGUACAGAUGAGACUGUGGUUAUUAUUUUAGGGAAAUGUUUGUUCACUCUCUUUCUGAGAGAUGUAAAUUUCAUCAUGGAAAAUGUUCUAAAUCAAUCAAAAUUUUUGAACGAAAUUAUUUAUUGGUCACUCAACGCACUGCAAACAAGUACAAAGGUUCAAUAUUUGAAUUUAUUAUUUCUUUUGGUGAUUCAAAGCGAAAAACUCUCAAUCAAUCUCAUUACUAACACUAAGAUCAACAUUUUGUAUCACAUUUCCCAUCAGCUAGGAUCUCAAUUCUCUCAACAAAAAUCAAAAGAACGAACUCCCUUGGUCGAAUUAGAACCUUCAUUGCAAUUUGUACUCAUUCAACUCUUGUAUGGAAUAUCCACUCACUCCUCAUGCCAUGCAUUCAUCAUUGAAUAUACCACCACAAGUAAUAAUGGCAACGAAAUAAGCACUCUCAAUAUCAUUCACAUUUUGAAAGCGCUCUCUUUUUCACAAUAUCCUCUUACACGAUAUUAUUCAUUCCUAAUAUGGUCUAAUUUACUAACACUCUCAAGCUACCGUUCUGCUAGUUCUACCAGCUCUACUGCUAGUUCUUCAAUGCAUACUGACUCGAAACUUUUUGACAACCGAUACACAAGAUAUCUUUGCAGAAAUGAACAAGUGUUAAACCUUCUCAUGUAUGCAUUUAAGGAAGAGACUGAAAUGAUUAUAAAAAGAAUGAUCACAUUACUCUUGAAGGAUAUUUGUUCAAUUCGACAGAACAAUUAUGAGAGAAUUAUAAUACUGGAACAUUUUAAUUUGUUAUUCGAAUCCAUUGAUUUGUUACAUUUUCAAAUGAGCUAUUUAAUGGAUGUUUAUGAAACAAGAAAUGGCAUAUUUAAUGAGGAGGAAUCUGUGACCGUCGAUCAAAGUGUACAGCUAAGUAUUGCACAAAUUCAUCUCAUAACUACCAUUGUCAGAAUGGACUCUGAAGUCACAUCGAAUGAGACAAGUGGCACAAGUCCAACAUUGGAAUUACUUAAAACCCAAUAUCAGAUUCAAAGGUAUAUUUCGGAUUUGCUCCUCGUAUUGGACAAGAGAGGAGAUGCCAAAAACGCAAACACCAUACGUGCUCUUGCAACAUCUGUCUUGCAAUUGGAACUGUAA